AUUCAUUCCUCCCCUAGGUCUUCUCUAGUUUGACUUCCCAAACCCAAAAAGAUUUUCUCCACAAUGUUCAUUUGAGAGAAAUUAGUAUUUUAUCCUAUUUCCCCCUUUCAUUAUCUAAAACCCCAGCCUGCCUUGUCCCUGCUAAGAGAGAGGAGGUGUGGUGAUCUGUCCCUCAACUGCCUUCAGUAUUCGAAAGAAAGCGUAACAAAUGGCAUUUAACCUGGGGCUGCAGGUAAUGAGGACUGUUGAUGCCUCUCCUGGGGUGUGUGUGUUUUCCACUGUCACCUUCGGGAAUGACACUGUGCCUUCUCCACAGGGGAUGGGCUUCCUCUGCUCAGCCCUCCACUUUCCCAACAAUUAACUGCUCUUGAACAGUGUGGACAAGGGCAGGUCUUCAUAUUUCUGAUCACCCCUUUCUCCCAGUGGCAUCCCAUAGCCCUCACCUGGAAUCUAGGGCACAAAGACUUUGGGGAAAGAUGGGGAAAAUAGGCUGAGAUUGACCUGAGGAGUCCCCUUCUACACACACCGAUGGCAGCUGCCCUAAGGCCUGCUGGGUGGUGCUUCUAUCUCUGGUGCCUAAAACAAGUUUAUUUCUCUCUCUUAACAUUGGCAAUAACCAGUCUUCAUACCACUGUUGCCUUUUUAAACCUCUUAAUAAUCUCAUGCUGUGUUUGUUGUUGGUUCCAAUCCAGUUAUCACCAGGGCUGUGUGGGGAAAUACUUUUAAAUGCUCUCUUCAUCUCUCUUGUUCUUUUCCCCCCCUGUAUGUAUGAUGCUAAUCUCUUGUCUUUCAGUUUCUUCCUGCUCUUUUGUAUCUUCCUUUCUUGCGUCUCCUCCUGCCUUUUGUCUCUGGGUGUUUGGGGGCUUUUUUUUUUUUUUUUUGGCCUUUUUGUACAAAGAUAGUUUCAAUGUAGUCUGUAGCUCCUUUGUAAACCAAUUAAAAAAUGUUUUUUUUUUUAAUAAAAAGGCAUGUCUCUGGUGUGUUGAGAGGGUUGGGAAUGCGGAGAAGAUGGAUAUAACUUCAUAUGCUGAACCCAACAAAGGUUUCCAGCUACACCGUUGUGCUCCCAUACAUGUUAAUCAGUGUAUUCGCCUUACACUUAACUCCCAGGUAUACAGCGUCAUGACCAGAUCAGUGUGCCACUACUACGCAGAAAUGUGGAGGGCCAAGAGGCAUAGGGACAGCCCCAACAUUUUUUAAAAGAAGCUUUUUUUAUUUUGGAAUACUUUUAAAUUUAAAGGAAAGUUGCGAAGAUUAGCACAGAGUUUCCAUACACCCCUUACCCAAUUUUCCCCAUUGUUAACAUAUCAUGGUAUAUGUGUCAAAAUUAAAAAAACUGACAUUGCAUUACGUUAUCUAAACCCCAGGCUUUAUGGGUUUCACCAGCUUUUCCGUUGAUGCCCUCUUUGUGUUCUAGGAUCCAUUUCAGGAUACCACAUUGCUCUCAGUUGAUAUGUCUCCCCAGUCUCCUCUGGUCUGUGACAGUUUUGUCUCUUUUCAUGGCCUUGACAGUCUUUGGGAGUAUUGGCCAGAUGUCCUGUAGAAUAUCCACAAAUCUGAGUUUGAUGUUUUUCUCAUUAUUAGACUGAGCUUAGUAGGUUUUAUAAAAAAUACCACUCAGGUGAAAUGCCCGUUUCAUCACAUCCUAUUCAAGGGGUAUGUGAUAGCCACAUUACUGAUGGUAACCAUCACUCAGUUCAGGUGAUGUUUGCCAGUUUCUUCAGUUUCUCUUUCCCUGUUCUUUGGAAACAAGUCAGUAAGUCUAGCCCACCUUUAAUGGGAAUUAAACUUCCCCUCCUGGUGGGGGUAAUAUCUUUAUAGAGUAUUUGGAAUUCUGUGAGGAAACGCUUCCCCGUUAACUUAUAUUAGUAUGCACUUAUUUCUUAAAUGUUGGGUGUAUUUAUAUUUUGUUAUAAUCCAAUACUACAUUUUUGUGGUUCAGAUUGUCCCAGCUUUGACCAUUGUGAGCUCUUUCAGGUUGGCUUCUGUGUCCCUUUGAUAUGUCUACAUCCUUUUAUUUAUUUAUUUUUGAGCACUUUCUGAUAAGAUGCUUCAGACUCAUCUUGUGUUUUUCCUGCCCCAGUCCUAGAAUCAGCCAUUUCUCCAAGGAGCAUUGGGGUUUUUUAUUGGAGAAUUGUAUUUGGUAACCAAGGUCUAACCCCCCCCAAAUUUUACAUUCAGUUAACACCAGCCUGUGUCUAACAUGAUUGAAUCUGGAUUGUGACCCCUUUAGAAACUGAAAUUGAAAUUAUUCUGACAGCCUUUCCAAUUUCCCUACAGUUUCCCUUCCUACCAAAGAAUCCUUGGUUAAUUGUUUAUGCGGUGGUUACCAACAUUCUUGAUUAUUUUGCUCAUUUGAUUUCCUGUGUCUGCUUUGUCAAUCACUCACCCUUAUGUAGCCAGCCGCAAUGUAGCAUUUUAACAUUCGACUUUAUUGGGGAGCGUUGUUUGUCGAUUUUGGGGGGUUUUUUGGUUUUGCAGCCUUAAAUGGGCAUUUAAUAGUGGUGCCAUCUAUUCAUUCAACAAACAUUUGUUGAGCCCUUACUAUGUGCUGGGUACUAAGCUAGGCUGAGCAUGAAAAAUGAAAUAAGACAGGCCCUGCCACCAAAUACUUCACAAUCUGGCGAAUGAGACAAAUACCAUUAAUUCCAAGUUUCCCAUUCCUGACCCAAUUUUUCAGCAGAUGAUUUGCUUUCUAUUUCAUGGAGAAAAUGGAAGCAUGAAUUUCCUCAAAAACUUCCUUGUCCUAUUCUUACAAACAUCUAUGUAUUCACCAAUUUCUUAGAAGAAAAUACUUCUUUCCCUUUGCAAGGCCAACCCUGCCACUUGUGCUCAUUUUCUUUGACUUUUUCUUUGUUUUGAUGGUAUUUCCUCCUUUUAUCUUGAGUCUGGGUUCUCUUUUGUCAGCCUAUCAGCAUGUUAAAAUUCCUUCUCUCCAUUUUGAAAAUCUCUGCUUCCUCUAAGCUACUGAUUUAGUUCUUUCCAUUUCCAAAGUUAGUGAAACCAGUUUACCCUCAAUUUUCCUCUUUUAUUCACCCUCAGGCCACUUUGUUCAGCACCCAUCCUUGACCAAGUUGUUUCUUAUAAACAUUGGCCACCUGGUUACCAGCUCCAGUGGUCUUUCAGUCGUUUGCCUCAAACCUCUCUGCAAUAAACGUGCAUCUUAGAGCUUCCUUCCCAUGGAGUGUGAAUCAGACAGUCUCCCAGUUCUCCUUUAACCUUUCUGACUAUUCUUUUUAGUUUCCUUCAUAGCCAUUCUUCUCUGUCCCUUGAUUGUUGAUGCUCCCCUGUCUUGUAUUCUUUCCCUACUCUACCUUUCACCCCUUUAAACAAAUUGCAUCCAUUCUUAAUUACUCUUUAGUUUUUAAACACGUGUUGGUGACUCCGAAAUCUUAAGCACUUCCUUUUCUCCCAAUCUGGCAGCCUGCUUACUGGACUUUUUCAUCUGGAUGUCCCACAGAUAACUCAAACUCAACAUGUAAGAAAGGGAAAUAACCCUUGUGUUCCUCCUCUCAACAGUAUUACUACCCUUUGAGCAUUUAUUUUUGAAGAAUCAUCUUUUAAUUCUCCCUUUCAUCUCCCGACAUUCAUUUGAUUACCAGUCCUGUUAGUAUUACCAGUACAAUGUAUCUCACUUUUUUCCUUUGAAAUUUCUACUGUCCUAGUACUCACUUUGGCUGCUGCUGAGGUCUUGUAAUUGACCUUGCUUCUAGUCUCCCUGAGUCCCAAUCAUCUUCCACAUUGUCACCAGACCCUUGCCUAAAAUCAUUUCCUUUUAGGGAAAGUCUAAACUUGAUAUAGAAUUGGAAACCUUUCCAAUCUGGUCUCAGUCUAUCUGUAGGGUGAUUCUCUGGUUCGUACCUCUGGGUGUUUGUUCUUGCUGUUCCUUUUGCCUGUGACACCCUCCUUUUACUCCUUGUUAGUAUGUUUACCUUUGAGAUAAUUUAAAGAUCCCUUUCUCUGUAAGACCCUCUGGGCACCUUUCUUCUCUUGUCUUUUAUGCCCUGGCCAGAAUUAGCUUAUUUGAUCUUUCUGCAUGUGUAGCUGCUUGUUCAUACCUGUGGUCUGAUAUAUAAUUUUCUGGUUGCUUGUUGAUUUAUCGUCCUGCCUUUCCAGACAGUUCCUGGAGGGCAGGAAUCACACAUCUUUACAGGCUCAGCACCUAAUGAAAUACCUUUUGAAGACUGGGACCUAAUAGAUAUUUUCUGAGUUGAAUGAAUAAACAACUCACUUUAGGCUUGUAGUCAGUGGGGUCAAAGAUCAAUUAUUGGGCCACUGCACACUUAAAUCAGGGGAUUCUGACGAAGAUCUUUGUGUAUGCAGAAUCCAGGAAGCUUUUAUUUCCUUCCUAUGCUGAGGUCCUUGCUCAGCUCCCAGAUUUUUACCCCUUCUAUCACCAUCUCAACUCCAAACUCUGAAUGCCCAGAGCAGGUAUACUUCCCAUAAACCUGGCUGGAAUGUUUCUAUCUUUGAUAGGGGAGAUUAUCCAAACCUUUGGGUGAGGAACCUCUCUCUGCCUUUCUGCCUGAUCCUUACCUCGCCCACCCCCCACCCCUCUCACCCCCGCCCUCUGGAGGAGAUAGUCUUCUUGAGACACUCCAGACACAAGAAGUUAUUUGACCUUCAAGUCCUCCCCCUAUUCCCCACUCCUACCCCAUAUCUGAUCUGGGAGCUGGUGAAGGAAGAUAGCUGUAACUAAGUACAUUCCGGUCAUCUUACUGGCAGGGUCCUGCAGACUCCCAGAAGGGCCCACGGAGGGAUGGGCAGCUGUCCAUCUGCCUCCAGCCCUCAUUCCUUCAACUUUGGCUUCACAACUGCUGGAGUUUCACUCUCCUUUCAUUCAGGCUUCACAGGAGAAAGGCUCCAGAAUCAGAGUCAAUGCUCAGACCUUCAUCCCUUGUCAAAGCCUGACAAUUCCCAGAAAGGGUUUCUAGGUAGCCACAAGGGUGCUAGGAAAACAGGGAACUGGCCCCUUCUGACUCUCUAAUUCUCAUGGGAGCCAGCUGCUCACAGGUAUGGAAAUGAUCUAUUACUGUAGUUUCUUGAGUCUGGUGGAAUUGGACUCCUGUCUCUCUGUUGCAGCACAAGCUAUAGACCUCUCCUAUUGCCAUGCUGACAUUCCCUCUGUACACUCUGUGCCCUCCCUUCCCAUUUUACAGUCCCUGCAGCUUAAUAGACGUUAAGUGUACUAUGGAUAUCACCCAUCAGAAGAGGUCCCCUCACUGCACCCGAGUUUCUCCUACGUCUGCUGACCUCUGGUGGUGAGAGUUUGAACCGCACCUUCCCUAUCUAGUUAAUGGCCUGCUGGCAGGUAAUGGUGCAUAUUUUCUCAACAAUCCAAAUUCAAAUACUGUAUUAAAUGGAAAUAUUUUUUAUUGCUGAGUUUUGUAUUUGUUUUCAGGCAUCAUGGCAUAAUGCAAAGAACAGGGCCUGGACUUUCGAGUUAGACUUAACCGAGGUUCCAGUCACCUUGGGCUAGUUAAGUUCAGCUUUCUGACUGAUAAAGUGAAGAUAAUAAUAAGUAGUUCAACGGGAGAAUUAGAUGUAAAAUGCAUAGCCCUAGCUGUGCCUUAGCACAUAGAUGCUCAAUAAAAGUUUGUUCUCAAGAAUGGUGAUUUGUUCAGUGUGUGACUCAAAAUGAUUUUUAAAAAUUUGGUAACAUAAAAUUUACCAUUAUACCAUUUUCUAUGUGUUUUUUUUUUUUAAACUUUGAGAAAUUCUAUAUAACUGCUCUCCAAUUCUUGAGUUUGGAAAAUGAGGUCAACUCUAGUAUGGGCUGUGAAGCCUCUCUCUUCCCACGGAGCUGUGGAUCUGAGCCCUGAAAACAAGGGUUAGAAGGGAUCUUGGGCACAGCUGAAUGGCUCUGAGCACUUGACCUCACUUUGGUUUCCCGGCGGGCAGGAUCCAGUACUUUAUUCCAGGGUCAGUUAGGCAUCACUGGGUUCUCAGCUGGGCCUCCAAGGCCCCCCCGCCUCCCACUUUGCAGAGAAAAGAGGAGGUGGCUGAAGAGAGGAGGAUAUGAGAUUGGUUCUCUGCUCCUCCUCUCUCUCCUUGCUUUUCCCCACACCCAUCCUCUCCCCCACAGCAGCCAUCUCCCCCACAGAGACUGGGAAGAGGGAGGGGGGGCGGAGUUGGGGACUGAGGGAUCAGAAGCCCCACAGUGCCCUGUGUCUGAAGGAAGCUCUGGCCAGGGGCAGCCGUGCUGGCUCAUGCUACCCUCCUGCUGCUGCCUCCUUCCAGACGAUGCUGGGUACUCUGGGGCUUUGGGCACUGCUUCCUGCAGCUGUGCAAGCACCUCCAAGCAGACGGACCUGUGUAUUCUUUGAGGCCCCCGGAGUGCGGGGAAGCACAAAGACACUCGGGAAGCUGAUAGAUGCAGGACCAGGGUCCCCCAGGGUUAUCCGCUGCCUCUACAGCCACUGCUGCUUUGGGAUCUGGAACCUUACCCAAGACCAGGCACAGGUGGAGAUGCAAGGAUGCCGAGACAGUGAUGAGCCAGGCUGUGAGUCCCCCCACUGUGACCCAAGCCCCCGAGCCCAGCCCAGCCCCAGCUCCACUCUCUUCACCUGCUCCUGUGGCACUGACUUCUGCAAUGCCAAUUACAGCCAACUGCCUCCUCUGGGGAGCCCUGGGACUCCUGGCUCCCAGGGUCCCCAGGCUAUCCCAGGCGAGUCCAUCUGGAUGGCGGUGCUGCUGCUGGGGCUGUUCCUCCUCCUGCUGCUGCUGGGCAGCAUCAUCUUGGCCCUGCUACAGCGAAAGGCUUGCAGAGUGCAAGGUGGGCCAGAGCCAGAGCCAGAGCCAGAGCCAGACUCAGGCAGGGAUUGGAGUGCGGAGCUGCCUGAGCUACCUGAGCUGUGCUUCUCCCAGGUAAUCCGGGAAGGAGGUCAUGCAGUUGUGUGGGCUGGGCAGCUGCAAGGCAAGCUGGUAGCCAUCAAGGCCUUCCCCCUGAGGGCUGUGGCCCAGUUCCGAGCUGAGAGAGCAUUGUAUGAGCUGCCAGGCCUUCAGCACGACCACAUUGUCCGCUUUAUCACUGCCAGCAGGGGAGGCCCUGGCCCCCUGCCCUGUGGGCCCCUGCUGGUAUUGGAACUGCACCCCAAGGGCUCCCUGUGCCACUACUUGACCCAGCACACCAGUGAUUGGGGAAGUUCCCUGAGGAUGGCACUGUCCCUGGCACAGGGCCUGGCAUUUCUCCAUGAGGAGCGCUGGCAGGAUGGCCAGUAUAAACCAGGUAUAGCCCACCGAGAUCUGAGCAGCCAAAAUGUGCUCAUUCGGGAGGAUGGGUCAUGUGCCAUUGGAGACCUGGGCCUCGCCUUGGUGCUCCCUGGCCUCACUCAACCCCCUGUCUGGGCCCCUACUCAACCCCAAGGCCCAGCCGCUAUCAUGGAGGCUGGCACCCAGAGGUACAUGGCGCCAGAGCUCUUGGACAAGACUCUGGACCUACAGGACUGGGGCACAGCCCUCCGGCGAGCCGACGUUUAUUCUUUGGCUCUGCUCCUGUGGGAGAUCCUGAGCCGCUGCUCAGAUUUGCGACCUGACAGCAGACCACCACCCUUCCAACUGGCCUAUGAGGCAGAACUGGGAAGCACUCCCACCACCUGUGAGCUAUGGACCUUGGCAGUGGAGGAGAGAAGGCGCCCUUACAUCCCACCCACCUGGUGCUGCUUCACCACAGACCCUGCCGGCCUGAGAGAGCUCCUAGAGGACUGUUGGGAUGCAGACCCGGAAGCACGGCUGACAGCUGAGUGUGUACAGCAGCGCCUGGCUUCCCUGGCCCAUCCUCAGGAGGCCCACUCCUUCCCAGAGGGCUGUUCGCAUAGCUGCCCACCUCUCUGCCCAGAAGACUGUCUCUCAACUCCUCCCCAUUGCCAUUCUCCCUUGUAGACCUCAGCCGAGAGCCUGUCCCUUCAGCAUUCAGCAAGGCCCUGGUUCCAGGAAUUCUUUCUCAACCUGCUGGUACCAUUUCUCCAGUGUAAAUAUGCAGUUUAUGUGUAAUCUAUGUACAUGCAAGCAUAAAUAUGGUGAUCAUAUAUCUGUCCGCUCUGCCUUACCACUGCUUCCCUACUUGCCAAAUGCCUGGAUCCUUCUGUGGGCAUCCAGUCCACUGUAGUUCUGACCAGUGACUGAGGGGAGGUGUGCACAGGAAAGAGAUAAAGUCAGCUUUCCUGAUUUUACAUUUUGGGGCCUUCCUCCCUUCCUGUGAUCCUGGGCUCUGCCUCCCUUCCUUCUCCACAAGUCUUUGUUUGGUGGGAUCUCACGCAGGGCCCUGGCGAAAGAAGGAUGAAUACGAUGAAAUUGCUGCUCUGAAGGUGCUCAGAGACCCACAGUUCACUUUGUUGGGGUCCUGUACAGUGUCCUUGGAAGGGGGUGUCCUCUCCUGAGGCCUGAAUGGGAAAGCCUCACAUAGCACAGAAUGCUUAAGCUGGGUCUUGAACGAGCAGGAGUUUUCCAGGAGUGUUUGGGGCAAUAGGACAUUCCUGGCCCAGUGAAGUGUAUUAUCACGAGGUACAGCAAGAAACCGUAAGUAGCCUGUGUAGCAAAAGUGUGGCAGUUAUGGUGGGGAGAGAAGAGGUGACGUGGAGAACUUUAGGCAAGGCCUUGUGAGCCCUGCAGAGAAGUUCUUCCUUCAUUUCUUUUUGUGUGUUUUCUCUACUGGCUUUUCUUUCUUGCCCCAAGUCCCUUUAACAGUUGUUGCCCCUCAGGGUCAGUCCAAUUCUAGGUGCCUGGUUUAUAGCCCUAACUAAGUUUCUAACUACCUGAGUGCCCUUGGGCAGGUUACUUCCUUUUUCUGGGGCUCAGGUUCCUCAUUUGCCACAUAGGAGUCGGAGGCCUUCUGGUCUAAUAGCAGAAAAACCAAGGGGUAGCCCUGACUUCACAACAAGAUUGCUUCCUGCUCAGUGACCAACUAGCUCUAUGUGAUGGGACAAGUUACUUAACCCUUGGAAUCUCAAUUUUAUUAUGUGUAAAGUAUGGAUAAAAACACUUACCCUGCUCACAGGGUCAAUUCAGGGUGAAAAAGAAGGUGACAGAUCUUGCACAGCACCUGGCCUUAGGGGACACUUUGUAAAUGGGAGUAGUUAGUUGAGAUGAUCUCUAGCCCCUUUCCAGCUUGGUUGUUCUAGAGUUCCAGGAUUAGCCUCCGGAGAGCCCAUCCACUCUCAAGCUCUGAGUCUCUACAAGACGUCAUCACUUGGCUAGAUAGCCACCACCUGAAACUAAACACAUUCAAAUCCAAGCUCUUGCCUCUUCCCUCACCAACACAUCUGCCAUCCCUCUCUUUCCUGACCCUCAAGGGCACAAAAUUUCUCUUGGUCUUAGAGGAUCCCAACAAUGAAGGUGUUCUUGUCUCCUCCUGUGGCUCCAGCUCAUCCUACCCAUAUCCAGUUAAUUCUCAGGCCCCACGGAGGUUGCAUGGGCUGGACCUGCCUCUGAGCACCAUCCUCCUUUCCUUCCUCCUAGUCCUGGCAGCCUAAGCUACUGAAAUUGCCUCUUGGGUGACUAUUUUUCCCCAGUCUAGGUUAAACACCACUCUGAAUAAUCUUUAAACCUAACUUCGCAUUGUGUUUUGCCUCUGCUCAAGUCUACUCUGUUUCAUGACAAUCCUUUGAGCACCAUUUACAGAGAAGGAAACCAAAGGCUCAGUGAAGUUCAGGAGCGUGUCCAAGGCCACAUAGAUCUUAUGUAACAGAGCAGGGAUUUUAGUCAUUAAAAACUGUGUUUAUGAAAAUGUCAUAAAUUUUCAGAAGUGAAUAACGUCACAUGAAAAUAAUAUACACAUACAAACCUAUGCUACAAGCCUAGCGUUAUGUUAAAUAAAAAAUAAACCUAUAAUCACAAGAAAAACAAACAAAUCCCAAUAGAGGCACAUUUUACAAAAGAUCCAUCCAGUACUCCUCACAACUAUCAAGAUCACCAAAAACAAAGUCUGAGAAACUGUCACAACCAAGCGGAACCUAAACAUGAUGAUAACAACUAAACAUAACAUGAGAUCCUGGAUAGGAUCCUGGAAUAGAAAAUGGACUUUGGGUAAAAACUAAAGUAAUCUGAAUAAAGUAUGGAGUUUAGUUAAUAACCAUGAAUCAAUAUUGUUUCAUCAGGUAACAAAUGUACCAUUAAUGUUAAGAGGUUAAUAAUAGGGGAACUGGGUGUGGGGAAUAUGAAAACUAUCACCUCAGUUUCUCUGUAAAUCUAAAACAGUUCUAAAAAAAAAAUAAAACUUAUUAAAAAAACAAAACAAUAACUAUGACCAGCUCCAAAACUUCAGGGGGGGCAUAAAUAAAUGCAAGGAAGAAGGGGAGGGUUGUUGGAAAUAUCACAUUUUCUUAUAGUAUUCUUGAGUGAGUGUAUUAUAAUAUGUUGUAUUGAAGGGAUUGCUAACAUAAAAGCCAGAAAACCUAGGUUAUCAUCUUGGCUCUCCUAACUGUGAACUCUUAGAAAAGUUUAUUUAUUCUUUUCAGGAGAUGAAUGAAUGAUUCUGUAAGUGAUUUCUAUCCCUAUAAUUCCAUGAUUCUAUGAUAAAAUAUUAAAGUUCCAUGUGUGAAGAUUCCUUCACCAAAUUCAGUGUUUGCCUAGUAUGAUAUUGCCAUGAUGAGUGACUCCAUGCUCAUGGAGAGGCAACAUGCAUGCAAAUAAGCUUUUUAGAAACUUGAAAACAUAAAUCUAUGAAUAAAGGUGGACUUAUGGGAGGAAAACUGGCUGAAGACA